AUGGAGGUGGUGAGCAAUGCUUUGCACUGGGUCAUUGCUGUAUGCAAUAGUCGCAAGUCGUUGCGGUAUCUGCGGUCGCAGUCCUCCCUCUACAGUGCGCUCUCCACUUUCAUGCUGGCCUACAGCGGCUACACCCUCGUGUGCCUCCUCUUCCUGGCCGAGCCGCCGGCAUGGGUCUCCUCCAGUCACGACUUUCCCAUUGCCCUCAUCGCCUGGUUCCUCAUCUUUCACUUCCCUUUGCUCUCGUCCUUCAUGGACCUGCCUCCAGUUGCCGUGGCGAGCGGAGUGGUGUGGGCUCGCUCGAUAUGGUGGGGCUUCGACUUGGCCGCUCGACGCUUCCCCGACUCCUUCACCGCGCCCGUCUUUGCCGCCACCAUUUCCACUUGCGCCUUUCCCAUUCUCGACUACGCUGAGCAGGUGUGGUUUGGGAAUCGGCCCGAUUCGUUUGAUUGUCGCCUGGCGGUGAAGCUGUCGUUCCUCGGCGGUUGUGCGGUGUGGCUCACGCAGCGCCCCACCAUCACCCUGGGCUCCUCGCUCCUACUCCCUCGUUGGACCUCUGAGCUGUCUCUCGGGCUAUUUUUGGUGGUGUUCACGCUGGUGGGCUACUACCGCGGCAAGCGGCCCAACCUCUUCGCGCCCUUCGACCGACUUUUCAGCCUCACGCAGCCGCCCGUUGGUGGUGGUGGUCGGACCGGCCCUAAGCAAUCGACCGCAAACCGGACAACCACGUCUGCCGCCAGUAAACACGACUGA